AGCGCACCAAAUUUCAGGCAAAGUAGAGUGUGAAGACGCAGAGGUACAGUAAGACAUUCAUGCUACUCACAAGUGGAAACGACAGCAAAUAGACUCUACGCAGGCGACAACUGAGAAAAAAUGACGGACGAAAAGAUGGUUGGCAAAGCAGCCAAGAAACCGAAGAAACUGAAGGGCGACAAGACUCCUGUCGCACCGGGGGAGAAAAAGAAGAAGAUCAAGAAGGUGAAAAAAGCUUCCAAGGUCGCGAGCGAGCCUCCCGUAAAGGACAAGGCCGCAGUGCCGCAUCUUCAAUCGCAACCAAACAAAACUACCAGUAAGAUUAACAAAAGCGACGGCAAGCCUUCAGAGACGCCAAAACAAACGAGUAGCAGCAGUGCACCACCACCGCCCGCAGACGGAGCGCCCAAGAAACAGAUUCUCUUCGCGGGGAACCUGGGUUACGACUGCACGGCUGCGGAUCUUCGGAAGCUUCUCCAGGGGUGCAACGUGAAGGACAUUCGGUUACUGACCGAUCCGAAAACGAAGGAUCCACGGGGUUGCGGCUUCGUGGAGUUCGCAACGGGCGGGGAUCUGCAGAAGGGUCUAAAAUAUCACCACCGCACGCUCGGCGGACGCAAAAUUCGCCUGGAGCUUCCGGGAUCAGGGUCCAGCAAGGAGAAGCGGGACCAGACGGUGCAGCAGCGACGACAGGAGCUGGGGAAGAAGCGCAAAUCGGACUUCGACAAGCGGCAAAUGUCUAAUCAGGACGGCGACGAGACAACCCCGGCGACCAAGCCUUCCAGCAAGGCGAAGAAUAAGCCAAAUGUAAAUGCCAACAAAAAGAGGAAAAGGAAUGCGGACCACACGACCGGGGAACAAACGCGACCAGAGAUCGUGUACUACGACCAUCCGACAGGGGAGCUGGAGCGGUUGCGCACCAAAUUCCGACUCAACGACGACGGGGUGAACUACUUGAAACGAAACGAGGCGUGGCUGCUCGAAAGCAUUGACCAGUUUUGUCGCAUUCCGGACAAGAGCAUCAAGGACCCCACGGGGUGGAUGAUCAAGUUCGGCAACCAGCUGCGCAAAGAGCGGGCCACCGGCGUGACGCCCCGGUUGCACCCGGUGUUUGAGGUACCGGAGGAGGACAGGGAUGCUGCUGGGAAAGUGGAUUUCAACCCUGCGGAAGUGAAGUUCGGGGACGAGAUCGACCUUCCCGGCCCCAACGCAUCGGUCUCGGAUGAGGAAGCGGGGGUACUACCCGAUGACAUUCUUUCCGAUGUGGAGGAGCCGAUGCAGUCACCGGCAGGAGGAGCUUCGGCCAGACCAAUAUUAAGGGGCGACGUCGCGACUGCGACAACAUCAACAAUCCCGAGCAGUUCUGGCCAGAAGCAAAGCACCGCGGAACAAGCACCAGCAGCGGCAGUGCCACUCGGCUUUGUGGAAGCGGGCACCAUCGUCGAGCCAAGAACGGAAAAUAAAUCGAAGGCGAAGAAGGGUUUCCUCUCAGUGCUGGAUCGGAUUGAGCGAACGAACAAGAAGCAACAACAGGAGGGAAAGGUAAAUAAAACCGCUGGCAAAAAGAAAAUGAAAAAAAAGGCAAGCAAGAACACAACUUCUCUGGAAGGGCAGAAAAGCUAAAGUGCAUUGAAAUUGUCUAAACGAAAAUGGAAACGCUGCGCUGUCCACUUCUUCUCGAUAUCGUGCAAAAGCGUAAACAUACUACUUGUACAACAUGCUUGAUAUUCACAACUAC